CGAUGUAGAGGUUUAACCGUUCAUUAAAGACUGUCGCGGUGACGGGAAAUAAGAGAGAUGUUCAAUUGAACAUUGUUUCUGUAACUUUGCAGUUGGGCUUCGUCGACUGAAGACAGAUUUGCUCAUGUAAACUUCUGUCACAAAAGGAGCGUUAGUUUGUCUGGAAUCCGACAGCAACGUCGUGCGAUGGCAUUAUUCCUUAUCAAUCGGUAUUUGGGCGACGAGGAGGAGAAUGAAGCGGCCAACGAAUCCCGGUCCAAGGCUCUGCUCGCGAAGCUGCAGCAGCGAGCCAAAGCCAGGGAACAACAGGGUCUCUCCGGUAAAGGAGAGAGAGAGGACAGGAAUCCUGUUCCACGUGACAGCGAUACAGUAUCUGAAAAGAAAAAAAACUCUGCUUUGAGCGAAAGUACCAGUAAGAAAAAGAAAGUUAAAAAGAAGGCAAAAGAAAACAAGAACGAGAAAGCAGACAUAGAUGAACACGCAUCACGUGAGGAGGAAGGGGCCGCUGAUGGAAAAGUGGAGGAGACCAAGAGUAAAAACGAUUCUGGUGAUGAGCGUAAAAGAGAAACGGACGUCCAGAGCGAGCCGUCAACGCAAGACCAAGGACAAAAGCCCUCUGAGCCUGGCUUUCAUAUACUGGGAGGAUUUGAGAAGAAGACAGUCCAAAAGGUUCAGCGGGUUUUACCGCAGUGGCUUGCUCAGCCAGAUGUCAUCCAAAAAGACAUCAGAAACAACCUGGUCCCCGUCCGAGAGGUGCCGGGAAUCUGUCCGCGCCUCCUGCAGAAGCUGGAGGACAACGGGAUACAUAGUUUCUUCCCAGUUCAAGCGGAGGUCAUCCCUGCCGUCCUGGAGAGCGUGAGCUGCGGGCUGCUGGUCGGACGAGGCGGCUACAGGCCCAGAGACGUCUGCGUGUCGGCCCCGACGGGAAGUGGCAAGACUCUAGCCUUUGUCCUCCCUGUUAUUCAGGCUUUGUCCAAACGAGUGAUCUGUGAGGUUCGAGCGUUGGCUGUUUUACCCACCAAAGAGCUGGCCCAGCAGGUGUAUAAAGUUUUCUGCUCGUAUGCUGAAGGGACUAAUUUAAAAGUGGUCAUGGUGUCUGGUCAGAAAACCUUUGCUGCAGAACAGGCCGCACUCUCAGAGAAAAGAGGCGGCGUACGGCGCAGUUUGGCAGAUAUCGUCGUGGCGACGCCAGGCAGGCUAGUCGAUCACAUCAACAAGAACGACGGGUUCAGUUUGAAGCACCUUCGUUUCCUGAUAAUUGACGAGGCAGACAGAAUGAUUGACAGCAUGCACCAGUCCUGGCUCAGUCAGGUGACCAAAGCUGUGUAUAGGGGUGGGAGUGGCUCUGAGAUGUCAAUCUUCGGACGCACGGAACCUGGACCAAUCACAGCUGCGAGUUUGUCCAUCCCUCAGAUGCCCCUGCAGAAGCUGCUUUUCUCAGCCACUCUGACCCAGAACCCAGAGAAGCUGCAGCAGUUGGACCUGCAUCAGCCCAGACUCUUCAGUUCUGUCCACACUAGCGGCACCACAGACAGCACACACACAGAGGAGAAGUUCCACUUACCCCAGGGCCUGACCGAAUACUACGUCCCCUGUACCCUCAGUAAGAAGCCAUUACUCCUGCUUCACUUUCUGCUGCGGUCAAAGUUUAGUCCAGUUUUGUGCUUCACCAACUCCAGAGAGGCGGCACACAGACUGUAUUUACUGGUGAAAUUGUUUGGAGGCGUCGAAGUUGCCGAGUUCUCCUCUCGUCUCAGUGCCGGGGAGAGGAAGAAAACUCUGAAGAGCUUUGAACAAGGAAAGAUCCAACUGUUGAUUAGCACUGAUGCAGCUGCUAGAGGCAUUGAUGUAAACGGAGUGAAAUACGUGGUGAAUUACGACGCACCACAGUACAUCCGAACCUACGUCCACAGGGUGGGCAGAACUGCACGCGCGGGAAAAGCUGGACUGGCCUUCACGUUUCUGUUAGGAGUGCAGGAGAGGAAGUUCCUUCAGAUGGUUCGGGAUGCUGGCAGCCCGGGGAUAAACAAGCAGAUAGUUAAACCGGAGAGCCUGAGGAGCAUGGAGGAACGCUAUGAGGAGACGUUACAGGAGCUGGGCAAGAUCAUCAAGGAAGAAAAAGCCAGCCAGCGUAUCUGAACCUGAGAUGAGCUGAGGAGAUCUGAACUG